GCGGAUACGAAGAAUACCUCUCAGAAUAUGUUGCUUGGGAUUAAGAAGCGUGGAAAAAAAAAAUCGUCGGUAUCUGACGAAGAUGAAUGUUUUAACCCAAAAAAUGCUUUGGUUACAAUAAACAUGUUACUUCAAUGUGAUCUUCAUGUAUUUUGGGAUCCCCCUGUAGUUGAGGAACAAAUAAUAAAUUUAGUAGCUGAAGUGUGUUAUCCUACAUUAGAAAGUGGUUCAAUUAGCUCAAACAAAGAAGUGCGAUAUGAGAUCUUUAACAUUUUUGGUAUUCUUAUUAAAACAUACAGCUAUGAUGAGAGUUUAAUAGUUCGUUUGGUACAAUUAUUGAAAGUUAAUUCACAUUUAAUAAAACCAAUUGCGGAAGGUAUUAAUCAACUGGUAGAAAAUUUUAGUGCCAAAGCACUUAUUCCAGAGUUUGUUCAGGAAAUUAUGGAAAUCCUUUUUGAUGAAAAAUAUGAAGAUGCAGAAGCCACAAAACAUUGUACUGGAACUUUGGUGGAAUUGUCUAAAUUACUACCUCAAUUAAUGGCACCAGAAGUAGCAUAUCUAAAAAGUUAUCUAGGACAUGAAGUAAAUAAAUGUUAUUAAUUCUAUACCUGAGAG